UUGAAAUAUCUGUACUUUGUUGUUGUUUUUGUUUUUGUUUUUGAGCAAAAAUCUGUUCGCUGUAACGACUCGUUCGCUACAGUGCAACAAUCCUGGUGUUCUGUACAGAGGGAGAAGUCUUACAGGAGUCACUUCGCGAUCUAGUGGAUUUAAAUCUGUCGGCGAUUAAACACGUCAUAAAUCUCUGUAAAACAAACAAACAAACAAACAACAUGCUGUAUAAUGUGUUAGUUUGUAGUUUGUAGUUAGAUGUCGUUUUCCUAUGCUAUGCUAAGUCGGCUCAGUGGAAAGUGAAAGCGAAAUCGGGGGUGGCUGAAGGAGCUCGCUGGGGAUUUCUCACCGCGUCCCGGUGGCUCGAGCUUCGAGUUACGGCCGCGCUUCGUUUUCCCUUUCCAUAUACAUGAGGAUAAAACCCAGCGAGCUGCACCAUGUCUCCAACAAGCUCAACCAGCCGAGAGCGCGAACAUGGACACCAAACAGUCAUGGAUCUGUCUUUAUUUUCUGCUGUUUUUCAUCGUGCAGGAGCGAAGCGAAGCCUGCAACUGGAUGAUCAGCCAGUACAGAGCGAAGAACAACUUCUGUGUGUCACUGCUGAAGGAAAUGGGUGGAGAGAUUGUUCCAGUGAACAGUUCAUUCCCAUGUGAGGAAUACACUGAAAUCGAGAAGGCCAAGGUAGAAGAUCAGGUGAGGUUUCUGGCUCAGGCCACGAAGCAGAUCAUCAGUCUCUUCAAUGCUGUGUCUCAUGUGGGUGAAGUAAAAUGGGACCGCAGGGCACUGGGUGAUUUCCUGAACAUACUUAAAACCCGGCAGUUAACAGAGCUUACAAAAUGUACAUCGACAUAUGCUAAAAGAGGACGCUCACCCACUGAGAGAAAACUGAGAAAACGCUUCAAGGAGUUGAAGAAGUUACUGAAUAAAGCUAAGUACAGCGCAGACUCUUUGGAGCGAAUCAGGAAUGUGGUACAGCGUGACCUUUGGAGGAUGGACAUCAUUGCUGCCAAUGUGAAGCAUAAACUAUUGAAAAGGACCAACUAAAAAAAUCCUGCUAGUUUUGUUAAAGAAGAACAAACAGAAUAUUUAACCGUAUAUGUUAUUAUUGUCUAGAAAUUGGACCAAAUAUGGGACCAAAAGGCUUACUGAAUCUGUCAUGUUUAAAUGUCUUAAUUGAAUUCAUGUGUCCUUUUGAUUUGGCUGUUGAUAAUCUUAUUUAUUUAUUUAUUUAUUUAUUUAUUUAUUCAUUAUGCAUGUAUGUAUUUGUUUAUUUAUUAGCAUAAGCUGAUGAGGAAACACUGUUAUAUUGUUAUUUUUCUACGGGUUUGUUUUGAUGGUCAAUUUCACUGAUUCAAGAAACAAACAAAAAAAUAUCAUAUUGAUAAAUGAAUUAAAAAAAUAUUUUUUUACCCAUUAAA